GUUGCCCAGCAACCGUGUAGCCGUAAAGUGACGCGGUGCUCCAACUGUCGCAGUGUUAGCCGCCAGCUGUUCCGGUGGUCAAUUCUAUCUGAAAGUCCGUCUAAAUCUGGUUCUUUGUGUUGUUGUUUUUAUUUUUCAUGCUGCUUUGGUCAAAAUGGCGGAGAAGUUCGAUAACCUGGAGGAACAUCUAGAAAAAUUUGUUGAGAAUAUUCGACAGCUGGGAAUCAUCGUCAGUGACUUUCAGCCGAGCAGUCAGGCUGUUCUCAACCAAAAACUAAACUUCAUGAUUUCUGGCCUCCAGGACAUCGAGAAGUGCCGCCAGCAGCUCCAUGAAAUCAACGUUCCUCUGGAGGUCUUUGAUUACAUUGAUCAAGGCAGGAACCCUCAGCUGUACACCAAAGAGUGUCUGGAGAGAGCGCUGGCCAGGAACGAGCAGGUCAAAGGGAAGAUAGACACCAUGAUGAAAUUCAAGAGCCUUUUAAUCUCUGAGCUCAGUAAAGUGUUUCCAGAGGAGAUGGCCAAGUAUAAAGCCAUACAUGGAGAAGAUGCUCCCCCAUAGAAAUGGCUGUGAUCCCCCCCCACUCUCAGCAUGUGAAAUGAAAGCCUGUUUGGGUUUACACACAGCCUGAAAACAGACGUCUAGAGAAUCCAGUUUAAUGGGGAUAGGAAGGAGACACAUCUCUGCUCUAAAUUCCUUCAUCUUUUCUUGACCAGGACAUUCCACUGACAUUAAAAGCUGUUUUGCAGUAAGGUCCUCAGGGGCUUUAGAAUACACUCAUGUUUCAUGUCAUUGCUGAUGCAUGGACACUUGAUCAGAACAUAAACAUUUUCCCAACUCUCAAACAUGCAAAAGAGUCAACCUUUGUGUUAAAUGUUCAUACUGUGUAUUUACAUACAUACUGUGGUUGUGAAACAUUCUGCACACCAUCACAUUACAACAUCUCAGGUUUCUGUCAACUUUAAAAGUUGAAUCCCAGUUUUUUGUAUGUAAUUUUGUGCCUGAGCAUUUGAUGUAAUCGGAAAAAGUCCAGUCUUGCAUUGUAAACAUUUUUAUGCACUCUUUGUUAAUAAAAUGCUCUUUUGAGGAAA